AUGGCGACCUCGAUGAUGCACUAUUUCGGCUUCGGCAGCAAUGCUCCUCCCUCUGCCAAAGACGAGGUGAAAAACGAACCCGUGCGUGCUUUGCCAUCAUCAUGGUACACAUCUCGGGAGAUGUAUGAGCUGGAGCGUCGGGCAAUCUUCUCUAAGAGGUGGAUCUUCCUCACCCAUAGCUCACGCCUCAAGGAGACUGGUGACUGGCUCAGAUAUGAACUGGCUGGCUUCGAUAUCAUUGUUACCCGUGACCGACAAGGAAAUAUCAACGCGUUCCACAACAUCUGCAGACAUCGUGCGUAUCCAGUGAUCGAGAAGGAGGGCUCUGGAAACUCCAAGAUCUUGUCUUGCCGCUACCACGGCUGGUCCUACGGACUGAAUGGCAAAUUGGCCAAAGCCACCGGAUUCAAAGAAGAGAAUAGCAUCGACAAGGAUCAGAACAGCCUCUUCCGUGUUCAUGUCAAGAUUGACGUUAACGGUUUCAUAUGGGUCAACAUGGACUCAAAAGAAGUUCCGGAAGUAUCUUGGGAGGACCAUUUCCGCGACGUUGACAAGCAAGAACGAUACAAAGCCUACAAUUUCGACAACUACGACCUUGACCACACAUACGAGCUAGAGGGCCACUACAACUGGAAGAUUCUGGCUGAUAAUUUCAACGAAUGUUAUCACUGCCCUACGACGCACGCCGAUAUCCCAGAAUUCCUCAACCUCGACUCCUUUGAUAGCGACCUUAAGGACGGUCACAUUCAACAUCACUGCAUUUCCACGCCAGAGCAGAUCGUCAAGGGUCUCUAUACCGCCAGCACUUACUACUUCCCUGUCACUGCCAUGGUCGUCUCACCACACUUCAUCAUGAUCCAGAAGUUCCUUCCCAGCAGUCCCAAUAGCUCGAAGAUGGCAUACGAAGUCUACCGCAACAGGAACUCCUCAGACGCUGAUUUCAAGCUCAUCAGUGAGAUGUACGCGCGUGUCAUGGGCGAAGACAAAGUCCUCUGCAACAACCAACAAUUGAACUUGGAUCGAAACGUAUUCAUCAAUGGUCAACUUCACCCCAAGUUCGAGAAGGCACCCAUUUUCUUCCAGAGCACAGUUCGCGAGGUCAUCACGGAGCACUUUGACCGCGAAAAGGCCGAAGGUCGGGAAAUUUGGCCAGCGAAACAGAAGUUGGCAUGCAACUCCAAGGUUAGCGAGAAGGAUGAGGAGAUUUGCGCCGCUAUCAGUUGCGGAGCACAGAGCGAGAUCUUGGCUUGGUGA